AUGGCCAAAACCGCCACAGUGACGAAGACCAAGACCGCUACCAAGGCCGCCAACGCGAAGACGGCGAAGCCAAAGAAGGCUGAUGCUGGAGACAAGCCCAAGCGCGAGCCCACAGCCUACCAGAUCUUUUGCAAGGAGCACAUGAAGAAGUGGAACGAAGAGAAUCCCGGCCGCGCUAAAGAGGCCAUGACCCAUAUUGCUGCUCUAUGGAAAGAUGCCCCCGAGAACCCCAAUCGCGGACAAGAACCCAAGACUCGCAAGCCUAAAGCACCCAAAGAGCCCAAGGAGCCGAAGGCGAAAGCUUCAAAAGCGAAGGAGCCUAAGGAGAAGGCUGCACCCAAGAAGAAGGCUGCGCCGAAAAAGAAGAAGGAAGAGAGUGAAGAUGAGGAGGCGGAGCCUAGUGGCGGCGACGAUGAGGAAGAGGAUGAAGAGUAG